CCGCAGUAGACCUGAAAACCCAGCCAGCCGCGGAUUGGCGCAUCCCAGCUGCGGCCGCCUUAGUCAUCCGAGUGGUUCUGGAACUGGGCACCAACUUGCGUGUUUGUCCCCGGCUCUUUGUGCGCCGAUCUGCUGUGGCGUGGGCUCUGGCAUCUAAUCCAGGAUUUGCCUCUGCGCGAGGCUUAUGGAAGACAGAUGUCUCGCCGCUCUGGGACUGAGCACAGAAUGGAAGUGACCCAGAGGGGAGCUGCCUGGCACCGACGACACGGAGGGAAGGCCCCGGCAAGGCCCGCGGGGCCAGCUCUGUUCCUCGCGUCGGUUCUCUCGGCUGAGCCUGCAGCGUAGACGGAGUCCCGCGAGCCAGCGAGCGGUGUGACCUUGAGACGGCGUGGGGCGGGAGAGCGGGAGCCGGGAACUGCGGCCACCUGAGGUCGGGGCGCAAGCAGCAGCCGCGAGGGUCGCGCAGCGUGCAGGGUCGAGGACAGCCGGCCCCCCAUGUCAGUGGUCUAGGAUGGCCAGUGAGGGCGCCAGCAUCCCAAGUCCUGUGGUGCGCCAGAUUGACAAGCAGUUUCUGAUCUGCAGUAUAUGCCUGGAACGGUACAAGAACCCCAAGGUCCUGCCCUGUCUGCACACUUUCUGCGAGAGGUGCCUGCAGAACUACAUUCCAGCCCACAGCUUAACCCUCUCCUGCCCGGUGUGUCGCCAGACCUCCAUCCUGCCUGAGAAAGGGGUGGCUGCAUUGCAGAACAACUUCUUUAUCACAAACCUCAUGGACGUGCUGCAGCGAACGCCCGGCAGCAAUGGCGAGGACUCUUCCAUCCUGGAGACGGUCACCGCUGUGGCUGCAGGAAAGCCGCUUUCGUGCCCAAACCAUGAUGGGAAUGUGAUGGAAUUCUACUGCCAGUCCUGUGAGACGGCCAUGUGUCGGGAGUGCACCGAGGGGGAGCAUGCGGAGCACCCCACCGUACCCCUGAAGGAUGUGGUAGAACAGCACAAGGCCUCACUCCAGGUCCAGCUGGAUGCAGUCAACAAAAGACUCCCAGAAAUAGAUUCUGCUCUUCAGUUCAUCUCAGAAAUCAUCCAUCAGUUAACCAACCAAAAGGCCAGCAUCGUAGAUGACAUCCACUCCACCUUUGAUGAGCUGCAGAAGACUUUAAAUGUUCGCAAGAGCGUGCUGCUCAUGGAGCUGGAGGUCAACUAUGGCCUCAAACACAAAGUGCUGCAGUCGCAGCUGGAUACCCUGCUCCAAGGCCAGGAGAGCAUUAAGAGCUGCAGCAACUUCACGGCGCAGGCCCUCAACCAUGGCACGGAGACGGAGGUGCUGCUGGUGAAGAAGCAGAUGAGCGAGAAGCUGAACGAACUGGCGGACCAGGACUUCCCCCUGCACCCGCGCGAGAACGACCAACUGGAUUUCAUCGUGGAAACCGAGGGACUGAAGAAGUCCAUCCACAACCUAGGGACCAUCCUCACCACGAACGCUGUCGCCUCGGAGACGGUGGCCACGGGCGAGGGGCUUCGGCAGACCAUCAUCGGGCAGCCCAUGUCCGUCACCAUAACCACGAAAGACAAAGACGGAGAGCUCUGCAAGACAGGCAACGCGUACCUCACCGCCGAGCUCAGCACCCCCGACGGCAGCGUGGCGGACGGAGAGAUCCUGGACAAUAAGAACGGCACCUACGAGUUCCUGUACACCGUGCAGAAGGAGGGGGACUUCACCCUGUCCCUCAGGCUCUACGACCAGCACAUCCGAGGCAGCCCGUUCAAACUCAAGGUCAUCCGCUCUGCCGAUGUGUCCCCCACCACCGAGGGCGUGAAGCGGCGCGUCAAGUCCCCCGGGAGCGGCCACGUCAAGCAGAAGGCUGUGAAGAGACCCGCCAGCAUGUACAGCACCGGCAAGCGAAAAGAGAACCCCAUCGAGGACGACCUGAUCUUCCGAGUGGGCACCAAAGGAAGAAAUAAAGGAGAAUUUACAAACCUUCAAGGUGUAGCUGCAUCUACGAGUGGAAAGAUAUUAAUUGCAGAUAGUAACAACCAGUGUGUGCAGAUAUUUUCCAACGAUGGGCAAUUCAAAAGUCGUUUUGGCAUCCGAGGACGAUCACCCGGACAGCUACAGCGGCCCACUGGGGUAGCAGUGCACCCUAGUGGGGACAUUAUCAUCGCAGAUUACGAUAACAAGUGGGUUAGCAUUUUCUCCAGUGACGGGAAGUUUAAGACAAAAAUUGGAUCGGGAAAACUGAUGGGGCCCAAAGGAGUCUCUGUGGACCGCAACGGGCACAUUAUUGUGGUGGACAACAAGGCGUGCUGCGUGUUCAUCUUCCAGCCGAACGGGAAGAUAGUCACCAGGUUUGGUAGCCGAGGAAAUGGGGACAGGCAGUUUGCAGGUACACUCGAUGGUCCCCAUUUUGCAGCUGUCAAUAGCAAUAAUGAGAUCAUCGUUACAGAUUUCCACAAUCAUUCUGUCAAGGUAUUUAAUCAGGAAGGAGAAUUCAUGUUGAAGUUCGGCUCCAAUGGAGAAGGAAACGGGCAGUUUAACGCGCCAACAGGAGUAGCGGUGGACUCGAACGGAAACAUCAUUGUGGCGGACUGGGGCAACAGCAGGAUCCAGGUUUUUGAUGGGAGUGGAUCAUUUUUGUCCUAUAUCAACACAUCGGCUGACCCCCUCUACGGCCCCCAAGGCCUGGCCCUAACUUCAGAUGGCCAUGUUGUGGUUGCAGACUCUGGAAACCACUGUUUCAAGGUCUAUCGGUACUUACAGUAACAGCGGACAGCCCUGCACUGAGGUCUUGCACUAGAAACUGGAACAGAGUUUUCAAUGUGGGACCAGAUUACAAUAGGACUUUUCAUACUAGGAAGAACCUCUGGUGAACUUUCCAAGGUUAUUUCUGAAUGUAACAAUUUCCUUAAAAACUGCUUAUCCAAUUUCCGUAAUUCACUUUUAGGAUUUAAAAAGAAUCUCUUCUAUUGAAUCUAUACAAACUGCAAAGUUUUACACCUGUGAACUAUGGCUCAUAGGACAGGGAUUUAUGUAGUUAAACUAAUUUUGCAAAUCAGACAUUAAAAAGAAUUAGCAUAUCUGUUGACCAGUGAAUGAAUGGUAGCCUUUGCAUCGAGCUUCCAAGAACAAAACUUGUAGUUACCUAUUUUAUUUAACUUCGGUCACAAGACCCAAGGGACCUUCUAACCUCACUUUUACAGUAGAUGUUAUUACUCUGAUGACAUUUUUUUUGUUUUUGUUUUUGGUUAUCAACAACCAUAUAUAAAUGACUUUAGAAAACUCUAAGGCUGUCUUGCAAGAUCCUCCCAGCUCUGACUCAGGGCCCUCUUGAGUUGAGCCCAUCAGAAUCAAUGCAAAUUUCCCAACCUUUCUGGGUUUGAUCAAAGAUCUUUUUUUGUGUGUUCUCCUUACCUUCUCUUUCUGCUCACCUUGCAUCAGAAAAUGAAAUAUAUUUUCAGGAAAGCCUGAAAUUCCCGAUGCUUUGGAAGGCAUAUGGCAAAAGCAAGGGGGACCCUUUGGUUGCUAGCCUCAGAUCCACACACUGGAAUGUAACCACGAGAACUCAUGUUCAUGCGCCAUGUGUUCACAUGUCUUUCCUCUUCCACAUCACGAAAGCGAAAGCUUUACCUCCUGCAGAAUGUCAGCACAUGUAGUCGGACGCCAGUGUCCUAGGACAGAGAGCCAUAAGCAGCCCUUUGGAGGACAAGAUGGUGUGAACCAAAGGCAUGUGAUUGAUUAAUGAUUUCCCCUUAGAGAGCAAGUGUUACCAAAGUUCUGUUGAGCAUUACAGGUAUGGGCAUGUUAUGGUUAUUUAUCAUUGUUUAAUGAAUAGUAGAGGCAUUAAGGGACAAGUAUACAUGGUUAGGGUAAGAUAGAAAUGUAUUAUACAUAUUAUAUAAGUAUAUAUAUAUAUAUAGUUGAAUCCUUGGUGUGUGGAAAUGGGCAGCACUCUGACAGACAGAAGCAUUGCCCAGUCAUCCUUCAGCACAUUCCCUGGCUGCUGCAAUCUGAAGCCGUCCUUGCGAAAGGAGCCCCACAGCGAGUGUAAACGUUGCCACUUUCCAGCAUGAUGGUGAUGCCCGCCUUCCAGGCAGCAAAUGGCCUUCUUUUGCUUUCAAAAAAAAAAAAAAAAGGAAGAAAGACAAAAGAAAAAGACGUCUUGAAAAACUGAGUUUGAGUUACCUUUAAGUAUAAAUGCAUUUUUUGAGAAACAUUACCUGUCAUGGAUACUAUAAAAUAAGACAUGGUCUGUUUCCACUGAUGGAUUUUUCUACUCAGUUCUACCAAACAGGAAAAUUGUGUUUGACGUGUUUGAUGAUGACUUUGGGAUUUCUUUCAUUGAAAGCACCUUAGAUAUUUACUGUAAGAAAACACUUCCCUUACACACAUAUGACGGUGUUUAUGGCUUGUUAUCUUAAAAUUCUAAUGUUCUUGAUACAGGAGUGUUACAAAAUUUAGAAGGGAAAUCUAGCUACCUCCAAUGAUCUAUUUAAUUUAUUAUGUCCACAUCAACAUCUGGGGGGGGGGGACGACUUUAUUUUCAGAAGACUUACAUUUGGAUUUAGCUUGUUAUUAUUUUAGUUCUGUAGAGUUUUAAAAAUUCAAGCCUGUCUGAGAUUAGACAUAAAAUUCAAUACCAGUUUAAGAAGUGAUAAAUUAAGACUACUUCUGAAUACCAUGGAAUAAGCCUUUGAGUUUAUGUUUUGAUUUUUUUUUUCUUCAUUUUGGGGAUGGAACCCUUGGCCUCAGAAAUACUUAAGCAAGAACUCUACAGCUAGGCUGCUCCUGCAGCCCAAGCAUUUGGCAUGAACUUCAAUAUUUGCAUCUGCAGACUUCCUGCCAGGGGCCAGGAAUGCAUCUAGGCACUGGGACCUGAGGGACGUGUGAGAGAGACAGGCAUCUCUGUCCUCUUACAGCUUAUAUUCUGGCGAGGGGAUUUUGUAGUGCUGUUUAUUAAUAGUCUACCUGCAGAUUAUUUCUGGGCUAUUUAAAAGAAAGGGUUUUUUUAAAUGAGUAAAUUAAUUUUAGUUAAUUUUCACAAGCAGAAAACAUUUUUUCAAAGAGUUUGCCACAGGUUUUUUGUUGUUGUUGUUGUUUUUUUCUUGGAAUGGAAUCCAGGGCCUCAGACAUGCUAGGCACAUGCUCUACAACUGACAUGUGCCUUCAGAUUGCAACUAUUAAUUUGAAAAUGAAUUUACGGAAUGAGUUUUUUUUUUGUGCAACACUGAGCUAUUCGUGACCUGAGAAAUUAACUCACAAACCAAUCAGUCUCAUAUAUAAAAUAUAUCAGGCUUGGUAUCUCAGUAGGAAAUAAUACAAAUUAAGGUGUCUUUUAAAUACAUGAAUAUUGGUACAAACUGGAAUGAAAGAAUAUUUAAUUUAGAUCUGUUUCACCAUCAGCUACUAAAGCACCCGCUGUGGGCACUCCAGCAAACACUACAUUCUGCAUUUGGGUAUGUGUGUGCACUUACUGUAUUUCUUCAUGGUAAGCAUAUUUUUUGGGGGAAAGUGCUGCUGCUAAGACACAAAUAGACAAGAUAGAAAUGAAAUCUUGUCUCAUUUGACGGGAAUGGUUUCUGGUAAACUAAGAAGGAUUAUUAGGACUAAGUGGUUUUUUUUGUUCUAGGCUGCUGUUACUGUUAUUUAUCUCUGUCAACUGUAUAGAACCCGUUACACACUCAUGAUACAUAGCACGGAGAAGAAAGUAAGCAUUCAAAUUUCCCUUGGGCACUAAGGACAAAAAUAGCUUCAGUUAGGUUUUAUAGGUUAAUGACAGUGUGUCUUCUCCGACAUAAACCUCCCCUGCUGGACACGGGGUGGUAGGGAGUCACUUGACCAUCCAGAAACACACUACUAGAAAGCCUUUAGGACUGUGUGUCAGUUUUUUAACGAUGUGUAAGAUUUUGAUGAAACUUUAGUCUCCACGACUAAACAAGCCCCUGAGUCUCCUAAACGUGACAAAAUUUGAGGCAAUAAGUACGCCUGGUCCAUGCAGUUGCUGCACACCUGCUCCCACUACGUGUACAGGGUAUGUAUGUCCUCACAGGGAAGGAACUGGAAGAGCAGUACGUUACCAGGUAUAUGGAGCCUCACUCGAAAGGGUUAGCAUAAAUGCUUUGGUAAUACCUACGGAGGAAACUGGAGAGAGCAGACCAACACCAGGUCAUCUGUAGACCACUUCAAAUGGGAAAAGUCUCGGUGUGCAUUCGGACUCUGUGACAGCCUCUCUAUUCACCAGCUCCUGAAAAGGGAAGAGGGAAGUUUUUGGUGAGUAUUUUUAAAACAAGACCUUUCCAAGUAGGAUAAAGUUGAAGCUUUCUGAUGCAAACCUUAUCUAAUUCCCCUUAAAAUCGAUAAAGUCCUAAUACCGUUACUUUCUGUAAAUGUUGCAGGGUUUUAAAAUUUACAAUUAUUUUAAUAUUUUUGAUAACUAGGAAUCUAGUAUUGCCAUAAAGGAAACGAAGUGCCCAUUAAAAAUUUGUUUGGUAUAAAUAAAUAUGCUUUUUUUUUUUUUGGUUUUGUUUUAAAAAUGACAGUAAGCUACAAAUCACGAAGCUAAUCUUCAAAACACUUUCUAAUGAUGUACUGUGUGGUAGCUGAUUGUGUGGUCUGUUUGUGGAGAAUGUGUGGAUGCUAUUCAUUGAUAUUCUAGAGGAGAUUAAUCAUCAGCUAUGUUGUUCCAAUGAAUGUACAGCACUUCCAUUCACUUUUGAAAGCAACACAGCCUUAACCUUGACGCUUUUGCUUUACAACAUGGGAUGUUGUGUCAACCGAGUAUGCGCUCCUAACAUUCUUUCGAUCAUUCCCAACUGUGCAGCCUUCCGAGCCUGCCCAUGAGUAUGAAGGCUGCUCGUUUCCCUUUUGUUCCUUUGAAGAUUUUGUACAUUCCACCUUUACAGAUCUGUUUCAUACAUUUUGUGUAUAGGACACUGGUCUUGUGCUCUUUGCCAUCCAUUAAUGAUAUAGCCUCCUCAUAUGUUCUUUUAUGAAUCCGAAUGCUGACUGCCUAUUUAAACAGAAGAAUGGACGCUGUGCAUCAAUGUGUUUGUAUGUUCGUAGCUACAUACGUACCACAGUAUUUUGGAUGCUUUAGUCUAUAAUAAAACUUUAAAUUAAUUCUGUCUUGAAA